CAAUAUGCUGGUAGGCUGUUUCUGUAGUUAUAUACGGUAUGCUCUCCAUAGGCCUGGAAUCAUGUUAUUAUCUUUUAGAUUAUAGAAUUAUGUAUUCAAUAAAAUCAAAAUAAGAUCAAAGUCAAUUUCGCUCCUGGAACUUACAGUUUAAAUGAUAGUUACACCAUGGAAUAUUUACUAAUUUAGGUAUUCACAAUUUCUGUCCACGGUCAAACAGUGGCGGCGAUAAGGGGCUACAGCCCUCCCCCACCCCCUCCUGGUCAGGUAGAAAAACCACAAUUCGUCGGGGAGAAAAAUAUUAUAUGUAUUUUCUAUAUUAUUAAUAGACUAAAAUCAAUUAAAUAAGCCUUUGAAACCCCUAAAUUGUCAUUAUUGGGGGAUUCGCCACUGACCACUUUUCUAAAAGAUUUUGAGGCACGACCUACCACGCCCACUUUGUUCUCGUCGGGGACAUCUACACCCGCACCCCUCUCCCCCGGUGGGGACCUUUGACACUUGGGCAAAUCCUGGCGCCGCCCCUGCGGUCAAACGCAUAAUCCACGACUACAAUAUGAUUUUAGGUCUGUAACCUUGCAGCGACAGUAUGCAUAAAUAUACUGGUAACAUAGGCCUACAAUUAUGAUGCCAGUGAUAAACAGUAGUGUUUUGUCACAAGCAUAUCAGGCUGGGUCAGUGUCCAUUUGCUCUGAAGUUUGCAAUACAGAAGAACAGAGACGGUAAUAGUCAGGAGUUGGCAUUAUGGAAGUACUAAGCGAGUGUUUUACAAACAUCAACAGAAGGAAGAAAAUAGAUAAUAGUGAACCAUCAGAAACCUUUCAACGUUGCCUCAGUGUUGUUGACCUAACCUAUAUAGGUCUAGGUUCCAUGAUUGGGACAGGACUGUUUGUUGUCGGAGGGGAAGUAGCAAAAUCGAUAGCAGGCCCAGCUGUCGUGAUAUCUUUCUUAUUUGGGGCAUGUGCAGCUCUGUUGUCGGCGUUUUGCUACGCAGAGUUCAGUUCGCAAGUAGCUAGAACCGGGUCAGCUUAUAUAUACACCUACGUCAGUAUCGGUGAGAUUUGGGCGUUCGCUAUCGGUUGGAAUAUGGUACUUGAAUAUAUUUCCAUGAUAUCGAGCGUGGCACGUGCAAUAAGUGCUACUGUAGAUUCUGUGAUGGAUUUCAAAAUUAAGAAUGCAACAAUUGAGUAUAUUUUGAACGGCAAUAGAUGGGAAUCGCCUAUUUUUGAGGAGUAUCCAGAUCUUCUUGCGGGAACAUUUGUCGUCAUUGUGGUACUACUCGUAUCGUUAGGUACAAAACUAUCAUCAGCUGUUACAAUGAUUUGUAUAAAUGUGUUGUUUAUUAUUCUUUUUAUGAUAGCGGUGAUAUCUUUUGUUUAUGGAGAUAUUGCAAAUUUGACAAGCGAAGGUGGAUACUUUCCCUAUGGCAUUGGAGGAGUUUUAGAAGGAGCUGCUGUAUGCUUUGUAACGUACAGUGGAUUCGAAGUUAUAUGCAUAUCUAGUGAAGAAUGUACCACCCCGAAAAAAAGUAUUCCUAUCGCAUUAGGUGCAGCGUUGGGAAUCGUCUCGUUGACGUACAUAAUUGUGUCUGGUUCGUUAACUUACUUGGUCCCCUAUGGUGACAUAGUACCAGAAGCCGCUUUCUCUACUGCUUUCAUGGAACAUGGUUUAGCGUGGAUGGCUUAUAUUGUUACAGUUGCAAUUAUUCUUGCCGGAUUUUCUACCCUUAUAACCGCUCUCUACUUCUUAGCACGACUAAUUUACGCACUCUCAAUUGACGGCCUUUUCUUUAAGACAUUCUCAGCUGUGAAUGCAACUACGCAAGUCCCGGUGAAAGCUACUAUCACUUUUGGAGCUAUAUGUACUUUACUUUCAAUCUUUUUAAAAUAUGACGUACUGGUGACGUUCCUGUCGAUUGGUACUCUUUGUGCCUAUACUAUAAUGUCCGGAGCAGUAAUCGUCCUCCGCUAUCGCCCCAAAUCAGAAAGUAUUUCUCAUUAUGGGCAUAUUGAUGCAAGCUCUGACGGAAUGACGCUUUACACUCAUACAAAUAAUUCUGUGCACCUAGACACAGACGAGGAAGAAAGUAUUGAUGGGGUUAGAGUUCCUGACAAAACAGGAACAUUAAGGACGCAAUUUGCAGGACUUUCUGUAUUUAGUGGAUAUAAACCAGGAGUUGUGGUACCAUUCGCACUGUUGGGAUUUGUAUUUUUCUCAGUAAUAGGAAUGUUGAUCUUAAACAAUGUGUCCGAUUUACUGUCAUCAGUAGGACUGACUUUGGUAGUAAUCAUUCUGUUCAUCUUAAGUUUAGGAUCGUUUGCGAUUAUUCCAUUACAUAAACAUUCGGUUGACACUGGACAUAUUCAGGUAGGCUUAGUAGCGGUUAGGUAUUUAUUCUUAUCUUUACGUGGUAUAGGAUACCGAGUUACUUUUUGCGUAUGUCAAACUGGCCUAUGUCGUCUAUGCAUAAGUGAAUAAUCGACAAGUCGAAUUAUCUUUCGUGCCACUUUCUUUUUCAUUAUACUUUCAGUGAUAAGUAAUUCGUGAGUUUUAUAACUUUAUUAACGUCGAGUUGAGUGGCCGAGUGGUAAAACAGGGGGCCCGCUAGCUACAGCAUUAUAUCGGCGCUGGUUCCAGCCGCUUCUCGCCCAUGGUUCGGUUGGUAGAACCGAGUUUUCUCGGAUAAGGUCUUACAUUGGAGGUCCAGUGUAUACAUCUGGCACAUGUGCACUUUAGAAUCCAUUGCAUCUUUCGGAAGAGUAGGGGGUUACCCCGAUGUUAUGGUUCAUUUCAGCCCCUGUCGUUGUGGAAUGAUGUGAACAUAUAUAUACCAAUGGCCACAUAUUGGGCAAGAAGCGCCUCUUUUCGGCUACUAGGUAGUCACGGACCACGCCCAUACGCAAUUCAGCAAAAUGACGCUGCAAGUUAUGGGUUAUUCUCCUACAUUUAACUUCACCUUAACGUUAAAUUAAUUCUUAAAUUUUUAAACCGUCUUUUAACUGAAGAAUACUGGUUUGUAUACAGUAUCUUUGUUGCUCGUAAGUUUUAAAGUCAAGGCCAGUUGAGUUUCCAAAUUGUUGGAUAAUGAAGUUUUAUUGAAAUGAAAUAAAUCACAGGGUAACCCAAGAAAGUUUUAAAAUUAUAGUGAACACUAUUUAAAUAGCAAGAUCGUAUUUUCUAUUUGAGGCACAUAUAAAAUGAACCUACUAGCUACAUUUCUAAGUCGAACAAUUUGUCACAGUCGCUUUGUAAUGAUUUGGUUAGAUAUACGUAAGUAAUCCAAAAUUGAAAUUUCUGUACCCGCUGAAAAAUCUAUAUUGUGUUAUUUAUAGAAACUCAAAUUUGGAUUAUUUGCGUAUGCGUUUAAUUUUAAAACUUUCUUGGGUUACCCUGUGAUUUAUUUCAAUUCAAUAAACACACAGAAAUUUUAAACAAAGAGUACAAAAAACUUGGAAACUAUACAGUUCGCCCAUUCGAUAUCACCCUUGGGACCUGAACAUUUAGGGUGGUCUCAGGGUUCGAUCUCCACAUAGAGUUGCCUUUGGA